AUGCGGCACGAGUCGUCCGUCGGGCACGUCGUGCAGGUCUAUACCUACACCAUGAAGUGGUUCUUUGGCCUCCCGGACCCCGGCGUCAAGGCUUACCUGCGCGACAAGACGGGGCCGGAGCGCAAGCCGCACCCGGGCAGCGACCCCAGCUUCCCGGCACACAACCGCAUCUACAACAUCACCUAUCAGGGCUUCCUGACCGGGCUCUCGGGGCCCAACCUCGCCCACGCCUCGCGGCGGUACACCGAGCUCUUCCGCUCCAAUCUGGAGAAGCAGGCCCUGUCCCGCGAGUGGACAACCUACGACGACAUGGGCACCUUUUUCCAGGAGCUCGUGAGCAAGUCCAUCCUCGAGGCCCUCUUUGGCCCGGCGCUGCUCGAGUUGAACCCGACCUUCAACGACGACCUCUGGACCUUUGACCGCGACAUCCCCUGGCUCGCCCGGUGCCUGCCGUCCUUCAUCCUCCCGGGGGCCUACCGCCGCCGAGCCAGCCUCCUGGCCCAGGUCAAGCGAUGGCACGCCAACGCGCGGCAGAAUUUUACCGAGUCGAGCAUCGGCCCCGACGGCGAUGCUGAUCCCUACUGGGGCUCCGAGCUCAUGCGCCACCGCCACAAGAAGCUCCCCAAGGUGGAUGGCUUUGACGACGACUGCCUGGCGGCGGCCGACCUGGGUUUCAUCUGGGCUUCCGUCUCCAACGCGACACCGACCGUGACGUGGGUGACAGCCCACCUCUUCGAGGACGCCGCGCUCCGCGACUGCGCCCGCGCCGACGUCGCCCGCCUCGGCCCGCUCGACGCCAAGACGCUCUGCCAUGCCUCGCCCGUGCUCAGCUCCGUAUUUGCCGAGACGCUCCGGCUGCACAGCACCAUGUACUCGAUGCUGACGGCGCGGGGCGCCGACGCCCACCUGGGCAAGUGGCGCCUACCGCAGGGCCAGAUCGGCGUCGUCAACACGGGGCUCAGCCACAUGGACGAGCAGGUCUGGAACACGGGCGGCGGGGCGCACCCGCUCGCCUCCUUCUGGGCCAACCGCUUCCUCGUCUACCCCGGCGACCCGGACAGCGGGCCCCUGAACAGGGAGAGGCGUAUGCGUGCCGAUGCGGCGGUGGCGAAGCCCAAGCCCAAGCUAGACGAGGGCCAGGAGUAUGCGAGCAGCGGCGCGGUUGACCCCGGCGGCCCGACCUUUUCGCUUGAGGGCCUCGAGGGGUCGUGGAUCCCUUACGGAGGUGAGUUUGGCCACGUACACGCCUGUCCGGGCAGGGUGCUGUCCAAGCAGAUGGUCGUUUACACCUGCGCCCUCAUGGUGAGCCAGUUUGACAUUGAGCUGCUCGACGGUCCCGUGCCGGUGGAGAAGGACAGCUGGAGCUUCGGGUUCAACGUGGCAGUGCCGACGAAGAAGAUUCCCUUCCGGAUCAGGAAGCGGGAGUAG